CACAGAAUAGAUCCCUUUCGUCACCCCAACAUUAACAUAAGACACCCAAGUCUGACACUUUUCCGGCUCUUAUUUAUUAGUACACCUUUUUCCUGGGCAGAUUGUUUCCUUUCCUUGCAACUGAUGUCUGGAAUCGGCGACAUAGCUGUGGGGAUAUCAUAGAAAACUUCAGUCUCUAUCUGGUUCUCAAGAUUAUGGUUGAAUUCAGACGGGUUUGUGGGAUUUUCUUGUUUCUUCAAAUUUAUUGAUGGGUUCUUUUCAUUGAUAAGAAUCAUUAGUGGGUUAUGACUUUUGAGUGUAAUUCUGUCUCUCCCCUAGGUUUUAAUGAUCAAUGUCGUGCUUCAAUUUUCAGUCACAAACGUUAUAUAGGUAGCUGAUUUGUGGUUUUGAUUGAAUUGUAUGCAUUUUUUGUUCAAACUUUUAGAAUUUAUUCAAUUUACAUGUAAGAAGUGAUAUGGAGUAGGGUUUAAUGGAAUUGGGUUCCAUUAAAUCGGGUUUAUUAAAUUUGGUGAGGUCUUGUUGACUUCAGGUGGAGGUUGUUGUUGGUUUUUGUGGUGAAUUGUGUGAUUAUCAUUCUUUUUGCGUUUGAGAGUGAAAAUGUCUGGUGGGACGCCUGGUGGGGGUGGAUACAUGAGGCUGAGGCACAGUCAGGGGUAUGCAUCCGGGGGUGAGGAUCUUGAGGAUGAUGCCUGUUCUAGGCUGCAGCCUUUCUCACCGCCAAGUCCGAGGGCUAGGUCAUGGACUGAGAUUAUUGAGAAUGCCCUUUGGAUUGCUUCAGCAUUAUUCAUCAUCUAUUUCGGUGAUAGGCACUCCAAUUUGAUAUAUCUCUUGUGGCACGAUGAUCGUAUCAAAAGACUGCCUUUAUAUCUGGGGAUGGUGGGAGUUGGAUUGAAUAUUGUCAUCUUCAUUUAUACAAGUAUGGUAGCAUGGAGGGUGAGGAGGUUUGAUGAAAAGUGGGAAUCACUAAGUAUAUCAGCAUUGCCAAUUGUUACCCUGCUUGGACUUCUCUCUUUUUGCUUGCUCUGCUUUGCUUUAUGGCCAAUUUGGAGCUUCUUGACCCUACCACUUCUGUUUACCCUGUUUAUGGCUUGCAUGGUUGUCUUCCCGCACAUUAUUAUUGGGACAUUCAGGCAACAGAAUGAUUCAUUCCGCAUAGAUUAAGCUGGCUUGGAUAACUUCAGAGUACAAACAUAAAUGAAGAGAAGCAGUCCCAAAGAUAUCAUGUUUGCAUCAUUGGCUACUAAUUGAAGUUCUUUUCUAAGUUCUGCCACACAUCUCAUGUUUUGGCCAUGCUGAUGCUAGAGAUGACAUAUCUGAUUCUUCUUUAAUCGGGCAGUUUCAGUCACCCAUCAACCUUUGACAAUACACCUUGGUAUGCCCUGGGAUUUUUACAACUGCCAUGAGCAGAAACGAAGGCAAGAUUUUCAUUUUUCAGUUUUGGGUUUUUAAUUGACCAGAUAGCACUUAGCAUUGUUUUAGUCACAGAUGAGUUCAAGAAUUUUAUCAAAUUCUUUUGUAUUGAACCACAUCUUUUCUCUUGGAUAGAAUGAGCUCUCUUUCCUUGCUGAAAUCAUUGUUACUUUUUCUAUAACCUUACCUCAAUCUGAUUAAUUUUGUAUAUACCAGCCAAACCUUUCUUGUUGAAUAUGAACAAAACAUGUUAAGGGGU